CCUCCAGUCGAAUAAGUUUGCACACUCGCAAGGUUUUAGUUUUUGUAGAUUUACCUUUGUUUAUAUUCCACAGUGUUCUAAAGCGUACCGACGUUGCAACUAGCGCUGUCGGCGCUGUCGUUUUAUGCAUGGUUAAAUCUCGCCUACCGAUGACUACAGUGACUACAGUCUGAUCGUUACACUCUUACGUAAUCUGUAAUUUCUAUCAACAGUUAUGUCCCGUAGCGAUACAGUUUAAUUGCGGCCCGCAUGAACGAUCGGGAGAAGCGUUUUGUCGUCUGCUGCUGCUCCGCACGUUCUCGGGGAUCGCGAGGCUUGCCGGUUAUGAUUUUUUAAAAUUUGGCGAGGAUUUGCGUUUGAUUAGAAGCGACAUGGCAUGUGCUUUAGUCAGACGUGGGUGCUACGUGCUUGAACGGUUCAAAGCAUACCCCGUUGUUUCAGUCACGACGAAUUUCUCGAUGCAAGGACAAAAAGGCUACGACCUGAUUGUCAUCGGUGGAGGAUCUGGCGGCCUUGCGUGCGCAAAGGAAGCACAAGCAUGCGGCAUGAAAGUGGCUGUGCUGGACGCCGUGUCGCCCUCUCCUCGGGGCAGCCGGUGGGGACUUGGGGGCACCUGUGUCAAUGUUGGCUGCAUACCCAAGAAGCUCUUCCACCAGGCAGCCCUGCUGGGUGAAGCACUGCAGGACGCCCCCCUCUACGGCUGGCAACUGCAGCCUGGCCAUGUUGCAGCAGAACAGGACAGUGCAGUGAAAGCUAAGCUGAACCAUGACUGGGCCACCCUGAGAAAUGCGGUGCAGGCGCACGUGCGGUCCCUCAACUGGGGACACCGAGUGCAGCUCAACAAGAAGAAGGUGGACUACUACAAUGCUCAUGGAAGAUUUCUUGAACGCCAGAAGAUAGUUGCCCAGGCUCCCAAUGGCAAAGAGGAAAUCCUUGUGGCCAAAAAGUUUGUUAUUGCUGUGGGAGGCAGGCCAAUCGUUCCGAAAGAUAUACCAGGCCUUUCAGAUAAUGCCAUUACAUCAGACGACAUCUUCUCUCUGGAGAAUCCGCCAGGAAAGACACUGGUGAUUGGUGCGAGUUAUGUUGCGUUAGAAUGUGCUGGCUUCUUAAAUGGACUGGGCUAUGACACAACUGUGAUGGUGAGGUCCAUCUGCCUGCGUGGAUUUGAUCAGCAAAUGGCCAAGCUUGUGAGUGACCACAUGACAUUAGAAGGAACAAGGUUCCUCUGGAAGUGCCUGCCCAAGGAGGUGAACAAACUUCCGGAUGGAAAGCUGAAGGUCAAGUGGUGCAGUUCUGAUGGCAAAAUACAGGAGGACAUUUUUGACACAGUUUUGGUAGCUGUUGGGCGACAAGCAGAAACAUCAAGCCUCAACCUGGAUGCAGUUAAAGUUAACCUGAAUCCCAAGAAUAAGAAGAUCAUUGUCGACAAGGAUGAGCAGUCAUCCGCCAGCAAUAUAUAUGCCAUAGGUGAUGUGAUCGAUGGAAAACCUGAGCUCACCCCGGUCGCCAUCCAUGCUGGCAAACUUCUAGCACGCCGCCUUGCUGGUGUAUCGUCGGAGUACAUGGACUACAACAGCGUGCCUACAACAGUCUUCACGCCACUGGAGUAUGGUUGUGUCGGAAUCUCCGAAGAGCUUGCCAUUGAGACUAUAGGCAAAGAAAACAUUGAUGUGCUGCAUGCAUUCUACAAGCCACUGGAGUACACAGUGGCCCAGAGGGACGCCAGCCAUUGCUACAUCAAGGCGAUUGUGAAACUGUCAGAACCACAGCAUGUGCUGGGACUGCACAUGACAGGACCCCAUGCAGGGGAGGUGAUCCAAGGCUUUGCUGCUGCAUUUAAGUCUGGGCUGACAAGACAUACACUGGAGCAGACCAUAGGCAUCCAUCCAACCGUGGCUGAGGAAGUCGUCAAGUUGUGGAUAACGAAGCGGUCUGGGGAAGACCCACAAGUCACAGGCUGCUGAGGUUAACUGGAACGUCUGUGCUUCUAGAGCAGCUCGAUAGGGAAAAUGACCGAUCAGCUGCUCACGCAGAGCACAGACGUUCCAUACAUAGACAGUCUAGUUGAGUUGCAGUUGUCUCUGCCGUGAUGACGCUGAUCCCUUAAAGCCAGACAUUGGUUAGGGCUUAGCUGAUGAUGCAGCGACUACACUGCGCUCUUUCAGAUGAUUGCAGAUAUUAUUCUGCCAACUGUGGGGUGAUAUUGUCAUCUCAUCUGUUGCAUUGUUGAUAAUGAUGUCAGUAAAUUUUAUAUUUAUGGCUUUUAUGUUUGUGUGAAGCAAUUUUUCUGUUGGCUCUAAACAUAUUCUGGAGCAGUACUGCUUCAGACAUCUGCUGAGCAGCUGCAGUUCUUUCACAUCUGCUAUGCAGAGUCAAAAAAAAAAAAAAAGAGGGAGAGAGAGAGAAUUAUAGAAAGCAGGGUUAGGUACUGUGCCAAUUAAUGCUUAUACACUUAAUCUCUCAGUUCUGGCUGAAGCUCGCCUAGAGAAUGGGUAUACAAAUUUGUGUUUGCACUAAAAUACCUAUACUUACACUUACACAGUGUUUUACUGAAUCUAUGUGCAGAAAUUCAAGAAAUGCAUUAUAGAAUCAAAUAGACAUAUUGGUAGCACAACUGGAUUACCGUACUGGAAUACCAUUUGACAGUUGCAGGUGAGUGCGUGGGGUUGCACACUCAUCAUCCUGUAUCUCUUAUAUGAGUAUACACUGCAGAACGAAGGCCUCUCCCAAUGAUCUCCAACCCACCCUGUCCUGUGCGAGCCGAUUCCAUUUAUGCCUGCUAACUUCCUUAUUUUGUCGCUCCACCUAACCCUUUGCCGUCCACGGCCGUGCUUCCCAUCUCUCGUUUUCUAUUCCAACUUUCUAACUGGCCAUUUGUUAUCUGUCCUCGUGACGUGACCAUGCCCAGGUCCAGUUUUUACCUCUUAAUAUCUGCUAUGGCAUCAGCUACCCCUGUCUGUUCUCUGAUCCACUCUGCUGUCUUCUUAUCUCUCAGAGUUACACCUAUCUCAUUAGGUCCCAUCACAUGCGUGGUCAUUAGCUUCAUCUCAAUAAUUUCCUUGUUAUUCUCCAAGUUUCGGCCCCAUCUGUAAAAACUGGCAAAAACCAAUGGUUGUACAAUUUCCGCUUUAGUGACAGUGGUAAGUCGCCGCUCAUGAGUUGAUAAUGUCUGCCAUAUGUGCCAACCCAGCUUUGGUACAUUUUCUUUACACUAUUGAUGGCUAAAUGUCGUUUUUUAUUGCGCUUGACUAAUUUAAAGAAUAUACUAGAAAAGGACUACACAUUAUUGGUGGUGCUGUACACUUGGUGGAGAGGUGAAAUACUGUACCUAGUUAU